AAAAAAAUGUUAUCCGCUAUUUGGCGUCGCAGUUGUGGCCGCUAAUUUCACCUCAAAAACAAAACGCCAGUAUGUCCCAGUGGAGUUGAACACUUGGAAAUACUAAAUUAAAAGGUUUUGUAAGCCAUGAUCUGAGGUGUCUGCAUUUUCUCUGUGGACGUAAACUUGCCCUCCCAAAUGCUGCACUCACAACCAUCCAUCAUGUCUCAGCCUGACUCCUUAGCGACUGUGUGGGACUGGUUAUGUGUUCUUCGUUUGGAGCAGUAUUCGGAGGCAUUUCGGAGCGCCGGGCUAGCAACGUUACAACAAUGUCGCAACCUCACACCAGAUCAACUGGAGCAGAUGGGCAUCACCCUGCCUGGUCACCGGAGACGCAUUCUGGCUAGCUUGAACAAAACACAUGGUAACUGUGACACACAGUCUCACCUUGUGCAGUCUGAGAGAGACCAGAGAUUGGAGGAAACGGGCCAUGCCAAAUUGUUAAAGAGAGAGAGACCUGUGCCUAUCCCAGUGGAACAUAAACCUGUCCUCAUGGAAAGGGAGAAAAGCGAUGGAGAGACAUCGAGACCUACACCCAGGGAACGAGAGAAACCAGUCCCCAGGGAGCGACACGUUCCCAGGAUGACAGAGGAAAGUGGAGAAGGAGGAGAGAAGAAGCCGGUUCCUGGACAAAGACACACAGCUAGAGGAGGAAAUGAGGAACAGAGGGAUGGAGGAGUAGAUGGGGAGAGGCCUGUGCCUAAAGAAAGGACUAGGUUUCGCUCUAGUGCUCCAGUAGACUGUGACCCCAGCCUACUUGUCUCUUCAAUUUAUGACACCUCUUUACCCCCUGUCCCUCCACGAAGCACCCCCAACUGCCCUCCACAGUGCUUCACCUUUCCCUUGAGUCCCUCGCCUCCUGCUCGAACCCCUGCCUCCCCAAAACUGGACAGACAUGCUGUUAAAGCCCCAGCUGUACAGAGCAGAUCUUUGUCCCUUAGUUCUCCUCCACAUACCCCCACACAUGCACCCCUCCACCCUCCCAACUUCCCCUCUGCCAAAACUCGGCCUCAGUCAUUAGCCAUUCAGCCACCUGCUCAUCAUGAUGGAGGAAGAAAAACUUCACCCGUUUCCCCCACUGCUUCCCAAAGCGAUGGCAUAAAUGCUCCACCUCUCCCUCCAAAAGCAGGGACGGUGCUUAAAGGCCCUCCACCAAUUCCAUACCGGGCCCCUACUCAGUCUCAGAGAACUAGCAGCUCCUCUCCCACCAAGACCGUCGCUGAUGACCAAACUCCACAGGUCCCACCUCGCAUCAGGACACCACAAACUCUAGAAGACACGCAUCAGUCCACUCAACCUGACACUCAGCUGGCUCUGCCUGCCAGGAGAGUCAUCCAACCUCCCUGGUUGGAUUCACUCAAUGAUACUUCUGAUGAAUACGAGGAUCCAGACUUAUUUUACCCCAGUGUUCAUCGAAUAAACGCACACGACAGGGAUAUGUCCCUGCAAGUGCCCGGCCAUGUAAAGGGACGGCAAAGUAAUUUGUACAGUGACGAUGAGCAGUUGGAUGAAGAUGAUCCUGGCACAUGGCAGGAUGAGGGCAUCAGAAAUCUGCAAGAAAGUGUCUGCCUUCCAAACAAUGGCAGACUGGCCUCGGCCAGUAAGGACGACAGCUCUCAUCUUACCACUGUCAUCAAGAUGGGCUGGCUGGACAAGAAUCCACCUCAGGGGGCCCUUUAUUAUCAGAGACGAUGGGUAAAGCUGGAUGUUGACUACCUGAGAUACUUUGACAAUGACAAGGAGGUGUAUUCUAAGGGGAUCAUCUCUACUGCCUUCAUCACUAAUGUGACCAGUGUGGGAGAGCUGAAGUUUGAGGUCGUCACAAACAACCGAACAUUUAUCUUCAGGGGAGAAAGUGAAGUCGAGAGAAACAACUGGGUGGCUGUACUGCAGGACUGCACCAGGGGGCGCCCUCUGCGCAGCACCAUGAGCCCUUGCUCACCUUUGACCCCGGACUAUCUGGGCAACCUGGAGCUCAGAGGGUUACGCUCCAAACUUUAUACUGUUGUCACCUCAGAUAAAGUCUUCCUCUACAAAAACAUUGAGGACUAUCGUAUAGGAGUGGGUAUCACAUCCAUUGAGAUGAAUGUAGGAAAUGUUAAAGACACAGAUCGUCGUGGCUUUGAUCUCACCACACCUUACCGCAUAUUCAGUUUCGUCGCAGAGUCAGAGCAGCUGCGAGACCAGUGGGUUGACGCCAUGCGAAAUGCGAUAGGUGAGGCGCUGUCGAAUAGCGAGGUGGCAGACCGGAUCUGGGCGGAGCCAAGCAACAGUAUCUGUGCCGACUGUGAGGCUCCCAAGCCGGAAUGGGCUGCCAUCAACUUGUGUGUGGUGGUCUGCAAACGAUGCGCAGGAGAGCACAGAGGACUGGGUCCUAGCAUCUCAAAGGUUCGUAGUCUGAAGAUGGACAGGAAAGUUUGGACAGAGGAGCUUAUACAGGUGUUCCUGUUACUGGGCAACGAGCGGGUAAACAGUUUCUGGGCAGCUAAUGUCCCGCCAAGUGAAGCUUUGACUUCCAGUAGCUGCAGCGAAGACAGACGGCGUUUUAUCACCCAUAAAUACCGGCAGGGUAAAUACAGGAAGUACCACCCUCUGUACGGAAACCAGAAAGAGCUCAACAACGCUCUUUGUAUAAAUGUGCAGGGCAGUGAUGUGUUGGAGACGUUGAGCCUGAUUUUCUGCGGUGCAGAUGUAAAUUGUUCAACUGGUAUGGCAAGUUGUCCCUCUGCUCUUUCCCUGGCCAACGCACACUCGCAACCCUUACAGGCUGAGCUCAUUAGCCGCAAUCUCAACACAGAGCUACCACGGUCAGAGGUGGGCGGAGACAUGGAGGCGAGACAUUACUUGCCAGCACCUUGUGUGUCUCACAAUGGCUUCCUGUUCAAGACUGCAUCCAUGGGUCGGGCUAUCACAGAGCACAAGGCCAGAGAGGAGUUCAGUCGUCGCUGGUGCACGUUGAACGAUGGCACCUACAGCUACUAUGAGAGUGACAAGAACUCGAACCCUAACGGAGCUCUGAAGGCUUCAGAGAUCGUGUGUUUGGCUGUCGACGCGCCUGAGAGACACGGGUAUGUUCACACCUUUGAACUUUACUCGGAGUCAGAGCGUCUCUAUCUGUUUGGCACUGAUGACCCAGACAGCCACAAGGAAUGGGUCAAGUCUAUUGCCAAGAGCUUAAUCCCGGCCCCUGCCGAGCCGCUACUGAGGUUGGCUUUUGAGCGGAUUGGGCGGCUGAAGUGUAAAGACGGCUUGAACCUACAAACAUCCAAGGUUGGCUGGUUUGCUCUGGUGGGCUCCACACUUCACGCCUACCUGGAGGACAGCCAGGGAGAGGAGAUCCACCUCCGCAAACUGAAUGAACUCUCGAUUCAACAAGACAAUGAGGUGCUGGUUCUGGUGGAGAAGGGCAGAACUCUGUACAUAGAGGGAGAGAGGAAGUUGGAUUUUGCCGGCUGGUGUGGGGCCAUCCAGACGGCAGCGGGGAGUGGAGGAGACACACUGAGCCAGCAGCAGCUGACAGAGACAGACAUACCUGUCGUAGUACACAGCUGCAUCGGCUACAUCACGCAGUGCGGCUUGACCUCUGAGGGGAUAUACCGUAAGAGUGGCGUGAACUCCCGCGUGGCAGCGCUGUGCGAGAGAUUCCGCCGUGACGCACGCAGUCUUCGUCUGAGGGAAGGAGAGCACCAGGUGGACGAUGUUUCCAACACACUCAAACGCUUCUUCAGGGAGUUAGAAGAGGGACUGUUCACGUCAGAGGAUACCAGCACCUGGCUCAGUGCUGCUGCCAUUCAGGAAGAAAGCAAGAAAAUCUCCCAGUACCAGCUGCUGUUCAACAGACUGCCUCGAGUCAACAAGGCUACACUACAAGCCCUUAUCAACCACCUCUAUUGCGUGCAGCGUUUUUCUGAGCUGAACCAGAUGAACCUCCAUAACUUGGCCAUAGUGUUCGGUCCCACACUCUUCCAGACCGACGGGAAGGACUUCACUGCUGGCCGCGCCAUAGAGGACCUCAUACAGCACUACACACUCAUCUUUGAGGUGGAUGAACAGCAGCUAAAGAAGCAGCUGGAUGAGAUCACUGUUAUCAUCCAAGUGAGAGAGAAACUCAACACAAAGUUUCCUAGUACUGAACCAGGAGGGCACUUCAUCUGUACAGUGUACCUCGAGGAGAAGGACAAAGGAGAGCAACAUGUCAAGAUCCCUGGUUCCAUGACAGCAGCAGAACUGACCUGUGAGGUCCUGGACCGGCGUAACAUCCGGGUUAAAGACAAAGACUACUGGAACUGCUGGGAGAUCAGUGACAAGGAGGAAAUGGAACGUCCCCUGCACUAUCAGGAGCGAGUCUUAUCAAUCCUUCACUCCUUUGGCACCGACUCCCAUCUGCUUAUCAAGAAACACGUCGCUAUGGAGGCGAUGAUGGUGUACCUGGCCAGUAAAGUGGAUGCAUCCAAACACGGGAUGAUGAAGUUCAGAGAGGAGCGAAGCAUCUUGGGAAUGGGACUGUCUUCUGGAAAUUUCCACGACCGAUAUUUCAUCCUCAAUUCCAGCUCUCUCAGAAUGUACAAGGAAGUCAGAAGUAACCGUCCAGAACGCGAUUGGCCAGUGAAAAACCUAAAGAUGUACAUGGGUAUUAAGAAGAAACUUCGUCCUCCUACAUGUUGGGGAUUGACAGUCGUGUAUGAGUGUAAGAAACAAGAGAAGCAAGAGAGACAGCAGUGGUAUCUCUGCUGUAACACCCAGUCAGAAAUGAGGGAGUGGUAUGCUACUUUUCUCAGUAUCCAGUACGACGGCAACGUGUGGCCUCAGGACGGACUCCAACAGACACGAGUGAGCCGUGUGUUGCCAGAUACGCGUCACGGUAAUGUGUCACUGAUACCGCUGCGUGGCAGUGAGAAUGAGAUGCGGAACAGCGUGGCAGCUUUCAGCCAAGACACGCUUUCUCUCUUUAGAGAUGUUCGAUAAUGGUCGCUGCCAGAAAGGACGGACAGCUGGCCUCAGAUGACCUACAUCAUCAUUCUGCGACUGUACGGGCAAAAAUCAUGGAUGCUCAUACUUCACGUGGAUUACGGCCUGAGCCCAUCUGCUCCUUUUUUGAAUAUGAACUGCACCAAAAAGUACGGACAAUGAGGAUCACAUGUAAAAUAUAACCUAUAUGGUUUUCUGCACAAAUGAAUUUUACUUUACUUGAUGUAGAGUAGAAGCAGCCGGGAGCUGUUGCAUUCAAAAUCAAAGAGUUUGAUGGACUACAAUCACUCGCUUCCAGCCUGAUGUGCGUCAAGUUUCCACCCAAUGUUUCACUGUUUCCAUUGGUCAGGGGCAUGUGAAAGAAUUGCAUUAUGGGACAAAAGCAUGAAAGAUAUUAUGGGAGAAACCUUAAUUUCUUUAUUGUAUUUACACAAGACUCAGUCGGGUUAUUCUAGGCACUAGCAUCGAGUGCUUAGCAAUUGUUUUUAAAUAGUUUAUUACUUGCAGUUGUAGCUGAAUAUGAUUUAUAUUUUUGUUUCAUCUUUAGAUCUCUUUCUGUACUAUUGCGUAUGAAUAACCCCGGAGUUCAAAAUGUAAUAUUUGCUAUUGUAAGCAAAGCUGAUGUUAUAGGUGACCUGAUUCUGUCCAGAGUUUGUACCACAGGGAACUAAGACUGAGAAAUGACAGGUGAUGGAUCCGUGUCUAUUACUGCGCAGGACAUUUGCCUGUACUGUGCAAAGCCUCGGCCAGAGUUGCAUAUUUGUCUGCAUAUGUGCACCAGUGUGCAUAAAGUAUGUGUGAAUAUGUGUACGCGUGUGUGAGUGGGCAAGUUUUAUCUUUUAUGAAAUUGUUGUCUUUUGGGAAGUGAAGGAACGAGAGGUAUGUGCUAAAAGAAAAAAAAUCCAUUGCUUGUCUUAAGAUUGAAAGAAGAAAGUCACAGUCGAGGGCAAAAUGGCCUUUCAUUGGGACAUGUGAUUUAAAUAAUUGUCCCCUCUUCUGAGUCAAGCACCUUAAGUAUGUCACAAACAAUAUUCACUUAUUAGUUGUUAGUAUUGUCUGUUCCCGCUGCCCUCACACAGUCCUCAGCACUGCCUCCUCUCUUCUUCGCUUUGAUAUACAGUAUAUAUACAUACAUGGGCAGUUUUGUCAUUAACCAGCUGUAUUUAUGAAGUUUUAGAUUAUGAAUUAGUCACUUUGCAAUAAAAAUGUAUUUUGUGUUUGUUGUGCACAACAGUAUAUUAUAUCGUUUGUUCAUCCAAACAGAGCGCAGGAUUUAAUUUGUGCAUUAUAAUCUUCUAUCCUUCUUUCCACUUGGGCCCAAACGUGUAUAUAUUUGGUCAGAAGGAGAGCCAUGAAACAAUCGACAUUAACUGUACCUGUCAACAGUUUACCAGCUGCGUUCUUCAGCACCUUGUAGUAUUGCCUGUGUGCCACCUGCAGGGUUUCCCUGUUGCAAAGGUUUCUUAUUUAUUUGGACAGCAGAGGACGCUAGAUGCUGUGCUGUAGAGGGCUCCAUCUGUGCUGAUGAGGAAUCAUGACGUUCAGAUAAAUGUUAAUUUUUAACACCUUUUUUUAAGAACAUUUUGUGUGAAAAAGUGUCUAUGUGCAGUUUGUGUGUAUGAGUGUGUGUGUGUGUGUGUGUGUGUGCGUGUGUGUGUGUGUGUGUGUGUGUGUGUUGUUAGCUGCCCUCCAGCCCGGACCUCAGCAGGAGUAGAGAGAAGAACGUAAUUAAACUCUAUAGAAAGUAUUCCUCCCAGCCAUGUUUUUUUAACGUUUUAUAGUUUUUAAGAUGGCGUCACAGUGGACGUACCAUUUGUACUUAUUUUUUGACACAGACGGAAAAUUAAGUACAAAUAAUAAUCACAAAAUAAUUGCCCUUUUUAAAUCAAUCAGCUCUGUCAAGUUGCAUUGGAGGUAUAUGCAAAUGCUUUGAAAUGACCACUGAAUUAUGUAAUAGUUUAUUACAAAAUGUGGAGAAAUGUAUUACCUAUUGCGUUUUGUUUAUUACAAAAUGCAGCAGAUUAUUAAAAAAUGUAGUCCUUUCAGAUACAGGUUUAUUUAACGAAGAAAGUUUUCCCACCUGGGAUACUAAAGUAUUUUGAUAUAUAUUUCAGUUUUAUCUAAUUUGGAUACAUUUGUAGAAUAUUGAGAUUUUUUACAUGGAUUACUGUCCUAAUCUCAAUACACUAGUGAUUCAAUGUAGUAAAACAAUAAAGUACAAAAGUCCAA